AAAUUAGAACAAACUUUUUCAUAUACAACUUUAUCCCAAAAUUUGAAAUUUGUAUUCUGCACCAUUUUUUUUAUCUUCAAAAUUCAAAGUUCUACAGUUGAAUGGCUCAAACUAUGCAAACUUUCGCGAUAAUGUUUGCUAAAAAUAUUAAAUUAUUGCAGCCCCAACAACUUUGCUGUCAACAAAUGAUUAAAUACUCUGAAAAGAUCUAUGAGGCGGGAAAGGCAAAGGAAAAUGUGCACUUCUUGAAAGAGCAACGGGAGCAUCUCAAGGAAUUGCGCAGUAAAAUCAUUAAGGAAAGGGAUCUGAUAAAGGAGAAAAUGAAUCAACUAGAUGAGCAAAUUGAAAGUAUUAAAAAGAAGAACACGGAACGAAAGAAGCAGAAUAAUAAUUAGAUAUGAAUCAAAAUUCGAAGGCACUUUUUAAUAUGACAACAAAUGCUACGUUUUUCUAUUUGUUGUCAGUCUCUAGAUUUUUAUUCAAAAUUAUUCGAAAAAUAUCUAAAAAUUUUGGGUGAACAUUAUGGAAUGUUUCUUAAGCUCGACAUGCAGAAAUGCUCGAAAAUUAUUUCAGCUUCAGCUCCAGAAAGCUUCGCUUCUUCAAAAUAUCAAGUUUUUUAGCGGUAAAAUGUAUUCCACUCGAAGUCCAACUGGAAAUACAAGCAAAUUAAAAACACUACAUAAACAACUUGGGUUUUUGAAGAGCAGAGCACUCGAUGAACGAAAGGAAAUUGAUGCAAAAAUCGCAAAAUUGCAAAGGCGCAUCGAACGUAUUAGAGAUCAGUUAAGAAAAGCUGCUGCCUCAAAGCAAGCUGAUUAUAAGAAAACAAUACAAAAGGAGGAGUAACCGUAUUUAUUGCUAGGGAUCAUAGAAGAUGCACACAUACUCAUCUGCCUUCCUUUCUCAUAUGAGCUUUUCGCAUUUAACUUUUUCUGUAUUUUUAAUCAUUUCGAAAUAGACUUUUCUUAGUUCACACAAAA